AGUGGACGCUGACGGCUAUUUAUUUCUCCUCGUUAAUGGGGUGGUUGAAAGCCUGUCGACUACAUGAGGGUCAUUAAGACUGUCAUCACCAGUUCAACACUGUCAGGAAUAAUUUAAUCCCUGCAAGAGGGAUUAACGUUAACUUGUAGUGUAUAUACGCUGAGAGAAGCAUUUCUCUGGGUGUAUAUAUAUAUACAUCUGAUGACUGAGAGGUAUCCGGAGCAAGCGACAAGAAGAUGGGUACGUUUAUAGGUCACGUCGUUCCUGGCGCCUUCUUGUCCCUAUUCUCCCUGUGGUGGAUUUAUAACAUCUUCAAGAAGUUCUUCCUAUCCCAGAGAGCCGUAGGGGUAAGGGAUGGAGGCAGUGGAAGAUACUGUUACAGAAGUACUUGCACCUUCAACUCCUCCUGCUGUCCCAAGCUGCCCGUGGAAGGGAUCCUGAAGGUGGUAUUUGUUGCUGUGGCCAUGACGGGAGAGCUCUCAACAGCCUUUGUGGACGGAGUUUUCGUUCACUUCAACAACGCUCAGCACAUGACGAUAUACUUUUUCUUCGGGUUGAACGGCGCUAUGGACAUAGUAACGUUCUAUGGUGGCUCCAUUCCUCAAGACCUAGACUACCUAUCCGCUAUCUUGGCCUUCUGCGUGGAGGCUCUCGUAUUUACGUACCACUUACACGGUCGUACACCCAUGGACGUGCAGGUACACAUGUUUCUGGUGUACGUGGUGGGAGGCUGCAUCUUAGCCAUAGCCCUAGAGAUGUACCACAAGAGGAGUGUUCUUCCUGCCCUCGCCCGCACGUACUUAACCCUUCUGCAGGGUACUUGGUUCGUCCAAAUGGGGUUCAUCUUGUACCAUCCUAUAGGGGAGGCGUGGAACCAGGAAGAUGACAAGCAGAUGAUGAUAGUGACUCUUAUCCUCUGCUGGCACAGUGCCGCCAUCUUCGUGUUGAUGGUGAUAGCUGGGGGGCUCAUCCUCUUGCGGGUGAGGACCUUGUCUCCCAUUACCGUCUACCACAGCCUUCACCCGCUCACCCGCCAAUCGUCCAACAUCUCGGGACGUCUGUCCAAGUUAGACACAGAGCAAGUGCGUCACAUUAUCGCUGAUUCCGAAGAAGAGGAUGUUUAGAUAUUACGAGAGGAGAGGCGCGGUAUUGAAAAGUUUUAGUUAGUUUAAUAUCUUUAUUAUGCACCCCAUACCCAUCCUGUGGGCGGUAGUCAAAAGAUUACAAAAGUACAUAAUGGGUCCAGGGACUGGACCCCAUAUAUUAAGUAAGUAAGCAAGUUAAGUUUGGAAAUAAAUGGUAUAAAAUACCGACACAAUGGCAAUAUAAACACAAAUGCAGUAUGAUGUGAUCCUUUAUUGACUACGUUUCGCCCACACAGUGGGCUUUUUCAAGUCACAAACAGAACUGUUUGUGACUUGAAAAAGCCCACUGUGUGGGCGAAACGUAGUCAAUAAAGGAUCACAUACUGCAUUUGUGUUUAUAUUGCCAAGCAAGUUAAGUUUAUUCAGGUAUACACAAAUACAGUUACAUAGAAUUAUCAUACAUAGCAGCAUAUGUGUAGAGAACCUGGGAUAACCCAAAAAAGUCAGACAGUGACUUAUUUCCAUUGGGGUCCUUUAUAUUGAAAAGAGAAGGUGUCGGAUUCACAGAUGCUGUACAGAGGAGGAAGAAGAUGUUAAAGAGAUGAAAGACGAUGUUGAAAAUAGGAGAUAUAGAAUGUUUAGAGCAUGUUUACAAAGAAGUAAGGUAUGCCACUGAAAAUAUUAGGCCUAGAAUGUGUAGAAAACAAAAGAAAGCAGAGAAUGAAAUUGAAAAAGUUAAGGAAGAAAAUGAUGUUUACGCCUUCACACCAGGUAUAACUCUAUUAAAUACUGAAUUGCCCUCCACGUAACGCACCUCGAUACCUUCAUUCAAGAGGACUGUUUCUAUUUGCAGUGUGUUUCAGUAUUCACCUAGACUAAACGUGUGGAUAGUUCGAGACUACGAUGGUCGGGAACAAAUGAGAAGGAAAACAACAGAGAUAAUGUAUGCCUUACAUAAGAACAUAAGAACAUAAGAAAGGAGGAACACUGCAGCAGGCCUGUUGGCCCAUGCUAGGCAGGUCCUUUACAAUUCAUCCCACUAACAAAACAUUUGCCCAACCCAAUUUUCAAUGCUACCCAAGAAAUAAGCUCUGAUGUGAAAGUCCCACUCAAAUCCAACCCCUCCCACUCAUGUACUUAUCCAACCUAGAUUUGAAACUACCCAAAGUCCCAGCCUCAAUAACCCAACUAGGUAGACUGUUCCACUCAUCAACUACCCUAUUUCCAAACCAAUACUUUCCUAUGUCCUUUCUAAAUCUAAACUUAUCUAAUUUAAAUCCAUUACUGCGGGUUCUCUCUUGGAGAGACAUCCUCAAGACCUUAUUAAUAUCCCCUUUAUUAAUACCUAUCUUCCACUUAUACACUUCGAUCAGGUCUCCCCUCAUUCUUCGUCUAACAAGUGAAUGUAACUUAAGAGUCUUCAAUCUUUCUUCAUAAGGAAGAUUUCUAAUGCUAUGUAUUAAUUUAGUCAUCCUACGCUGAAUGUUUUCUAACGAAUUUAUGUCCAUUUUGUAAUAUGGAGACCAGAACUGAGCUGCAUAAUCUAGGUGAGGCCUUACUAAUGAUGUAUAAAGCUGCAGUAUGACCUCUGGACUUCUGUUGCUUACACUUCUUGAUAUAAAUCCCAGUAAUCUAUUUGCCUUACUACGUACGCUUAGGCAUUGCUGUCUUGGUUUUAGGUUGCUGCUCACCAUAACCCCCAAGUCCUUUUUCGCAAUCUGUAUGGCUAAGUUCUACAUCAUUUAACUUAUAAGUACUAGGGUUAUGGGCACUCCCAAGCUUCAGAACCUUGCAUUUAUCUACAUUGAACUGCAUCUGCCACUUUUCUGACCAAGAAUAGAGUUUGUUUAAAUCCUCCUGAAGUUCCAUAACAUCUACGUUUGAA